GUUUGUGGUGUGUUUGCUGCUGCUGGAUGUGUUACUACAGGGAAGCACCAGAGCACUGUUUUUUGUUAAUCUGUAUUAGCAUGCUGCUAGUUUCCCUGCAAGUGUUAGUUAUUUUCUGGCAGAAGUUAGCCUCUCGUUGCUAUGUCUCACAGCAUGCACCAUGAAUUCUGACAUGAGAAGCCAAGGAAGCUAAGUAAUUUCAGAAGUUUCAGAUCAUAUUGUUAGGAUCUUAUCACUAUGACUGAGGCACCAAUCAUCAGAAGGAAUCGACCUGGAACCAAACAAGCAGACUUUUACGGCUGGCCGGAUGAGUUGUUUGAGGAGAUGGACAGCACGCUGGCCGUGCAGCAGUUUAUCCAGCAGAUGGUGCGCAGAAACCCGGCCGCCGUCGAUGCCAUUCUGACGGCUCCCGAGCAGCAGGACGAGGGCGUCUGGAAGUACGAACACCUCAGGCAGUUUUGUAUGGAGCUGAACGGUCUGGCGGUGAAGCUGCAGCUCGGCUGUCAGCCGGACACAUGCACCCAGAUGACGGCCACCGAGCAGUGGAUCUUCCUCUGCGCAGCGCACAAGACACCUAAGGAGUGCUCGGCGAUCGACUACACGCGCCACACGCUCGACGGCGCCGCCUGCCUGCUCAACAGCAACAAGUACUUCCCGAGCAGGGUAAGCAUCCGCGAGUCGUCCGUGUCAAAGCUGGGCUCCGUCUGCCGCCGGGUGUACCGGAUCUUCGCGCACGCCUACUUCCACCACCGGCAGCUCUUCGACGAGUUCGAGAGCGAGACGCACCUGUGCCGCCGCUUCACGACGUUCGUAACCAAGUACGGCCUGAUGACCAAGGAGAAUCUCAACGUGCCCAUCCUGGAGGACCAGGCGCCCGCUGAGGAGUCGGAGGCGUGAGGCGGUGUAAUUGGACGGCGGAGGCGCUCCUCGCGCCGCUGGUGACGGGAUGUGGGCCGCUGACCUGCUCCCGUGUCGGCUGAUCUGGUGCCGGCAGAGGUGUGACCGGCGGUAUCGCGACCCUGGCCUCAGUGCAACCGACAGUGUUGCAGACGGGCCGCCCGAUCGGACUCGGAAAAGGUGGGCUCUCCCCGGCUCUAGUGACGAGCCAAGUCGAUUCCGGCGUAUGAAUUAUAUUACCAGCGGCAUUGCGAUCGUUGAAGAGCGAGAUUGAAUGAUUGUGAGCAUCUUGUCGGGGUUUUAUGUGGUUUGUACUUGGUUGAUAUGUGGUAUGUCGUCUUAGACUGGGCAAAGUGUGGUCCCAACUCCCAACCUAUUCGUGAACUGCCAUCUUCUGUUCUAAGCGCGUCGCUAAAAAUUACUUCAUCGUUUAUUGAACACACCUUGUCAUUUCGUAUCACUUCUGUGCAUCUGCGAACAUAAGAUCCUUUUCACUCGUGGCUUCUAUCGCCAAUAAAUACAAAGACAGUC